AUGUCUCAUCACUCCAUCCUAGCCUCAUCCGGACACAAGCACUUCAGCUCUUGUUCUGUAUCUUUACCUAAACAUUCCAGCUCUCACGGCAUCUUAUCCCAUUCUUCUAAGCAUACAGGUCAUGGACACAAGGCUCAUUGUUUUAGCAGCACAAGUGCCCAUAAUAUUGGUUCCAAGGGUCAUAAGGCCUCAGUUAAAAGUUUUCAUUCAGGAAAGAGCGGACAUGGAUAUGGGUUUGGCAUUGGUAGCAUGGGUCAUGGAUUUGGAGGACAAUGUGGCAGUGGAGGAAUCACCAAUGUUACAGUCAACCAGGGUCUUCUGGCUCCUCUGAACUUGGAGAUUGACCCAAACAUACAGAGAGUGAGGACUGAUGAGAAAAAUCAGAUUAAGGGGCUCAACAACAAGUUUGCUUCCUUCAUUGACAAGGUUCAAUUUUUAGAACAACAAAACAAGAUGCUGGAGACUAAGUGGGCUCUUCUACAAGAACAGAAAAUUGCCAGGUGUCAGAUUGAACCUCUGUUUGAGGCUUUUAUCAGUAGCCUCAGAAGACAGCUGGAAAACCUGGAAUGUGAAAGGGAUCGCCUUGAGGCAGAAAGGAACAGUAUGGAAGGAACAGUGGAAGAACUAAGAAGACGAUACGAGGAAGAGGUAAACCGGAGAACAGCUGCUGAAAAUGAAUUUGUUUCUGUUAAGCGAGAUGUUGAUGCUGCUUUCUUGACCAAGGCUGAACUUCAGGCUAGGGCAGAUUCCCUCACUGAUGAGAUCAACUUCCUGAGGACCCUCUAUGAUGCUGAAAUUGGUCAGCUCCAGGCUCAGAUCUCAGACACCUCAGUGGUUGUGUCAAUGGAUAACAGUCGAGACCUGGACAUGGACAGCAUCAUCUCUGAGGUCAGAGCUCACUAUGAAGAGAUUGCUAACAAGAGCAGAGCUGAGGCCGAAGCUAUGUACCAGUCAAGGUUUGAGGACUUGCGCAUGGCAGCUGGAAGAAAUGGAAAUGAUCUGCAGAACAGCAGGAAUGAGAUUGCAGACCUAAACCAAACAAUUCAGAGAUUAAAAGGAGAGAUUGAGUGUGCUAAAUCCCAGCGCGCUGCACUGGAAUCUGCUAUAGCACAGGCUGAGGAACGUGGUGAGGCUGCUGUUCGUGAUGCCAAGAGUAAACUGGCUGAACUGGAGGCUGCUCUACAGAAGGCCAAGCAGGACAUGGCUCGCCAACUGAGAGAAUAUCAGGAGCUGAUGAAUGUCAAACUGGCUCUGGAUAUUGAGAUUGCCACCUAUAAGAAGAUGCUGGAGGGAGAAGAGCACAGACUUUGUUCUGAAGGUCAUGUGAAUCUGUCCUACACUCCAGCACUGGAGCAAAACAUUCAGGUUCAUCAUCCCAUGGUGGACAUCAUCAUCAACAUAAUCACAAGGGAGGAUUCAGCUCCAGCAGCUAUAUCUCAAAAUCAAAGCACCACUCCAGUCAUGGGCACCAUUGUUAAAGUGAACCAGUGGUCACCAGCUAUAUUCAGGCUUUAA